AUGCCUGAAGUAGUGGACCCCCGCAUGAUUUCGGUGACGCCUAGAAUACGAUACAACACCAUCGGCGGCGUAAACGGUCCACUCGUCAUUCUCGACAAUGUCAAAUUCCCGCGAUACAACGAGAUUGUAUCUUUGACGCUGCCUGAUGGCACCGAGCGCUCUGGCCAAGUCCUCGAAGCUCGAGGUAAUCGCGCCGUUGUUCAGGUCUUCGAGGGUACAUCCGGUAUCGACGUUCAGAAGACCAAAGUCGAGUUCACUGGACACAGUUUGAAGCUCGGUGUGUCCGAGGACAUGCUGGGUCGUAUCUUCGAUGGUUCAGGAAAGCCCAUUGACAAGGGCCCCAAGGUCCUUGCUGAGGACUACCUCGACAUCAACGGUAGUCCCAUCAACCCAUAUUCUCGAGUGUACCCUGAAGAGAUGAUCUCUACUGGUAUCUCAGCCAUUGACACAAUGAACUCUAUCGCCCGUGGCCAGAAGAUUCCUAUUUUCUCCUCCUCCGGUCUUCCCCACAACGAAAUUGCUGCGCAGAUUUGUAGACAGGCAGGCCUAGUCGGAAAGCCUACCAAGGGCGUACACGACGACCACGACGACAACUUCUCCAUUGUCUUCGGUGCCAUGGGUGUGAACUUGGAGACGAGCCGCUUCUUCACCCGCGACUUCGAGGAGAACGGCAGUAUGGAGCGUGUCACAUUGUUCCUCAACUUGGCAAACGACCCUACUAUUGAGCGUAUCAUUACUCCUCGUCUCGCUCUUACGACCGCCGAAUACUACGCCUACCAGCUCGAGAAGCACGUAUUGGUUAUUCUUACCGAUUUGUCUUCCUACUGCGAUGCGCUGCGUGAAGUCUCAGCUGCCCGAGAAGAAGUCCCCGGUCGACGUGGUUACCCCGGUUACAUGUACACUGAUUUGUCCACCAUCUACGAGCGCGCAGGACGUGUCGAAGGCCGCAACGGAUCAAUUACCCAGAUUCCCAUUCUGACUAUGCCUAACGACGACAUCACACAUCCCAUUCCUGACUUGACUGGUUACAUUACCGAGGGUCAGAUCUUCAUUGAUCGUCAACUCGACAACAAGGGUAUCUACCCUCCCAUCAACGUCCUCCCAUCGCUUUCUCGUCUUAUGAAGUCUGCCAUUGGUGAGGGCCGCACACGGAAAGACCAUGGUGAUGUUUCCAACCAGCUUUACGCAAAGUACGCCAUUGGUCGUGACGCCGCAGCCAUGAAGGCAGUCGUUGGAGAGGAAGCCUUGUCUUCCGAAGACAAGCUAUCCCUCGAGUUCCUCGAGAAGUUUGAACGUUCCUUCAUUGCGCAGGGUGCUUACGAAUCUCGUUCCAUUCACGAGUCUCUCGACCUAGCAUGGUCGCUACUCCGCAUUUACCCCAAGGAGCUUCUCAACCGUAUCCCAGCCAAGGUCCUUGACCAGUACUACCAGAGGAGUCGUGGUGGUGCUGAUGGUGACAAGAAGAAGAGCAACAAAGACACUAAGGACAACUCUGGUGAAGGUCAGCAGGGCGAGAACUUAAUCGAUGUUUAA